CAAAACAAAGCAAAAUAAACAUCUGUAUCUAUCUAGGAUGGGCAAGAAGUCAGGGCUUAUCUCGUUCCUCGAGCUGCUCAAAUUGAAGAAGAAGAAGAAGACGGCUCAACGGGCCGAAGAAGAUCAGUAUGGGAGGGAGGAGGUUUUCGUGAAGAAGGCGUACAGAGUGUGGCCAAGCGACGAAGACCGCCUGAAUUGGGUGGCCGACCCCCAGAUUGAUGCCAAAGCCACUGCUUUCCUCUUCGCCAAGAGACAGCAGCAGCUUCGGAAAAGCAGUGGCACCAACGACAACGACAAGGACGACAACAACGAGGAUGCCUCCAAAUAACAUUAAUUAUAUACUAUACGUUUGGUUGUGUAUAUUAUCGAUCGAUCAUAUGUAGCAUGCAACUACUUUGUUUGUAGCCGCUUCAUACGUAGCACGUACGUAUAAGUAUGCAUGUGUGUAUAUAUAUUCAAAGCUAGGUUUACUAACUAUGGUCGGGUAUGUACAUACAUGUAUCAUCUAUGUAUAUAGAUAUCAUCAGAAGUCGGUCGAUCAACUGCUUAAUUACAGCUAGCCAGCCAUCUUCUAGUUGAAACUAGACAUAAAACAUAACUGUACUUGGAAAACAGUCAGUCAUAUGUUACGUACAUUGGGACAGAAUCCCAUUUUUACCAGAAUUGUAAUUAUUCUGUUCCUUUGUACUUGAAAUUGUAUCACUACCCGCGCCUCCAAUGUAACUUUGCUCUGCUAUGUGAAAAAAUAAUUGGUAGCUUUGGGUUUGUACCUCCUUCCAUCUUUCAAAUAAUUCGUAUUUUCUUU